AUGCGACUUUCCACCAUCCUCCUCCCCCUAACCUUCCUCUCCACCCUCACCCUCACCCUCACCCUCACCCUCACCCUCACCCUCACCCUCACCCUCACCCUCACCCUCACCCUCACCCUCACCCUCACCCUCACCCUCACCCUCACCCUCACCCUCACCCUCACCCUCACCCUCACCCUCACCCUCACCCUCACCCUCACCCUCACCCUCACCCUCACCCUCCCCAAUCCAGAGGCUACUCCCUCUUCUCCUCCGGCGACGACAUCAAUUCCUACCCGCACAUCUACAACAACUGGGAGGGCUUUGACUUUCCCAUCUCGGGACCCUACUAUGAAUACCCCAUCUUGA